GUGCUGGCAUCGCGACAGUUGUGAUAUCAUUCCUGUUCACCACGUAUUACAAUGUGAUUAUCACGUGGGCAUUUUACUACCUCUUCAGUUCUUUCACGUCAAAACUUCCGUGGUCGGACUGCAGCAAUGACUGGAAUUCAGAUGAUUGUUUUGACGGGAAUAACAAAACUGUGACUGACCCCAUUACCAACGUCACCACAGUGAUACUAAGGUCAAAUGAUAGUUUGUCCCCCACAGAGGAUUUUUAUGAGUAA